UCACACUCACUGAGUUUUCCCUGACUUUCUCUCUCUCUCUCUAGAAUCAGAGAACGAAAAUGAGAGUUUCGUUUUCAUUUCCAGUUCUUCGUCUUCUUCUUCUCCUUCUUUACUUUGUUAAUAUCUCCAUUGUAAAUGGGAAACAACAUGUGAUACCAGAAUACAAAGCAUUAUUAACCCUCAAGGCUUCCAUUGCAGAAGAUCCAGAAGGUUCAUUAAAAUCAUGGGAUAUAUCAACAUCUCAUUGUACCUGGAAAGGUGUAUCAUGUGAUUUACAUCGUAAAGUUAUUUCAUUGGAUUUAUCAAACUUAAACAUUUCAGGUAUAUUAUCACCAGAAAUCGGAAACCUCAAAAACCUCAUCAAUCUUACCCUCGCUUCAAAUUCCUUUUCCGGUCCUGUUCCUGUUGAAAUCUCUCAAAUUACUGGUUUAAAGAGUUUGAAUCUUUCUAAUAAUAUCUUCAAUGGAAGUUUUCCUACAGAGCUAUCAAGUUUGAGGGAGUUGGAAGUUUUAGAUUUUUAUAAUAAUAAUAUGUCUGGGAUAUUGCCUGUGGAGGUUACUGAAAUGAAGAAUCUUAAACAUCUUCAUCUCGGUGGCAAUUUCUUUGAAGGGAAAAUUCCACCUGAGUAUGGUAGUUGGGAAUUUAUUGAGUAUUUAGCAGUUUCUGGUAAUGAACUCGAAGGUGGGAUUCCUAAAGAAAUCGGUAACCUAUCAAACCUUCGAGAACUUUAUCUCGGUUACUUCAAUAGUUAUGAAGGUGGGAUUCCGGUGGAGAUUGGGAAUUUGACGAAGUUGGUUAGAUUGGACUUGGCAAACUGUGGUUUAUCAGGUGAGAUCCCUAAAGAGUUAGGGAAGUUGCAGAAUCUUGAUACGUUGUUUCUUCAAGUUAAUGCUUUAUCAGGUGAGAUAACUGCCGAGCUAGGACAACUUAAGAGUUUAAAAUCAAUGGAUAUGUCAAAUAAUAUGCUUACUGGUAGAAUUCCUGUAGAGUUAUCCCAGCUUAAGAAUUUGACAUUGUUAAAUCUUUUUCGAAACAAAUUAUAUGGUUCUAUUCCUGAGUUUAUUGCUGAGUUGCCUGAAUUAGAAGUAUUGCAGCUUUGGGAGAAUAACUUUACAGGUAGUAUUCCUCCAAAUCUUGGAAGAAAUGGUAAUCUACAACUUCUUGAUUUAUCCUCCAAUAAAUUAACUGGUACUCUGCCAGUAGAUCUUUGUUCUGGUAAUAAGCUUCAGACUUUGAUUGCUUUAGGGAAUUUCUUAUUGGGGCCGAUACCUGAAUCGAUUGGGAAAUGUGAGUCUUUGAGUCGAAUUCGUAUGGGUGAUAAUUUUCUUAAUGGUUCCAUUCCUAAAGGGCUGUUCAGUUUACCUAAAUUAGCUCAAGUGGAGCUUCAAGAUAAUUUAUUAGUUGGUGGUUUUCCUGAUAUUCAUUCAGUGUCUGAUGAUCUUGGGCAAAUUAGUUUAUCUAAUAAUCGGCUUAUCGGUUCACUUCCUUCCUCUAUUGGAAAAUUUUCUGGUGUUCAAAAAUUGCUACUUGAUGGGAAUUACUUCACUGGAAGCAUUCCUGGUGAUGUUGGGAAGUUGCAGCAGUUAUCCAAGAUUGAUUUUAGUAAUAAUCGGUUUUCUGGUCCGAUUGCUCCUGAAAUCAGUAAAUGUAAGCUGCUAACGUUUGUUGAUCUUAGCCGGAACCAGCUAUCAGGUGAGAUUCCAAUGGAGAUUACCAGUAUGAGAAUCUUGAACUACUUAAAUUUAUCUAGAAAUCAUCUUGUUGGUAGUAUUCCUUCAUCAAUUUCAACAAUGCAGAGUUUAACUUCCAUCGAUUUUUCAUAUAACAAUUUGUCUGGUUUAGUUCCGGGAACUGGUCAAUUUAGCUACUUCAAUUCAACAUCGUUUGUCGGAAAUCCCGAACUAUGUGGUCCAUAUUUGGGACCUUGUAAGUUUGGAGUUUCUAAUAGUACCCAUCAUCCACAUGUUAAAGGACCAUUCACUGCAUCAUUGAAGCUUCUUCUUGUGAUUGGCUUACUUAUCUGUUCGAUUUUAUUUGCUAUUGCUGCAAUCUUUAAAGCUCGAGCUAUUAAGAAAGCAAAUGACUCCCGUUCUUGGAAGCUAACCGCGUUUCAGAGGUUGGAAUUUACAAGUGAUGAUGUUUUGGAUUCUUUGAAGGAAGAAAACAUUAUUGGUAAAGGAGGAGCUGGAGUUGUUUACAAAGGCGUGAUGCCCAAUGGUGAUAAUGUUGCCGUGAAAAGACUACCUGGAAUGAGUAGAGGGUCCUCUCAUGAUCACGGGUUUAAUGCUGAGAUACAAACGUUGGGUAGGAUUCGACAUCGUCACAUUGUCAGACUACUUGGGUUUUGUUCGAAUCAUGAAACAAACCUUCUAGUGUACGAGUACAUGCCAAAUGGGAGUUUGGGAGAGGUUCUCCACGGAAAGAAGGGAGGUCAUUUGCACUGGGACACACGGUACAAGAUCGCAGUUGAGGCAGCUAAGGGGCUGUGUUACCUCCAUCAUGAUUGUUCACCAAUGAUCCUUCACCGUGAUGUGAAAUCAAACAACAUCCUUCUUGACUCCAAUUUUGAAGCUCAUGUUGCAGACUUUGGUCUUGCUAAGUUUAUGCAGGAUUCGGGUACUUCCGAGUGCAUGUCCGCAAUUGCUGGUUCUUAUGGAUAUAUUGCUCCAGAAUAUGCAUACACACUGAAAGUUGACGAGAAGAGCGAUGUAUACAGCUAUGGUGUAGUUCUUUUAGAACUAGUAAGUGGUAGAAAACCAGUUGGUGAAUUUGGUGACGGAGUUGACAUAGUGCAAUGGGUACGAAAAAUGACAGAUUCAAACAAGGAAGAAGUACUAAAGAUAUUAGACCCAAGACUCUCAUCAGUUCCACUCCAUGAGGUAAUGCAUGUUUUUUACGUCGCAAUGCUUUGUGUUGAAGAACAGAGCGUUGAACGUCCCACAAUGAGAGAAGUCGUUCAGAUAUUAACGGAGCUUCCAAGUUCACCCAACUCAACAAAUCCCAGUGAUUAUUCAAACUCACUGCCUCCAUCGUCCACCCUUGAAGCUGCCACAACAACUGAUGCGCAACCACAUCAAUCACCUCCACCAGAUCUACUUAGCAUUUGAAAUGCCAGGUUCUUUCCUCAUCAAUUCUAAUCUGUUGUUUUAGGAAGGUUUCUUUACAAAGUUGUUUUAUGCAUCUGUCUUAAUUUAUGGGGUUAAUAGUGGUGGGUGAUAUUAGAUAAUUAGUAGUUAAAAGUAUUUCUUGUACAGUGGUAGAAAGAUAAUGUUAUGUUAGAAGUGGGUUAGGGUUUUAAUUCAUGUAUUUUGCUUUCUUCAUCAUGUUCUGUUCUGUUCAUCAUCUACUGUUAUUAAUAUUAGCUACUAGUCAACUACUACCACUACUUGUAAGACAGUUGGUAGCAGUGUAAUCUGCAGAAACUCUGGAGCUUAACUAUUCACAGUGUAAUCAUCAAUGAAGUCAGUGUUUUCACUGAGUGUUGGUUAUGACUUAUUAUGAUACAAGUUGUAGAGUUUUCAAGUACCGAGAAACCUAGGGGUUUGAUUUUCAGGGUGAGAGGAGGGGAAGGGAAACUUCUGAAAUCAGAAAUCUAUCCAAAGUU